CGACCGACCUCCCGACGCAGCGGUGCUACUAUUCAAGUGAAUAACCUUAAAAAGAGCGCUGGGUUUUCGUCUCGGGUGGUUCAGCGGCUUCUCAUUCGGUGUUUGGAUCCUCUUUCCGAUGCGAAAUGCUGCACUAGUAUUGGACUAAAGAGCCCGACAGUCAAUUAAUCGCUCCUAUUUUUUCUCGCAACAUUGUUGCACCGUCGCGGCUAUUGACACGCGUUGUGGUGGUGGUGGUGGUGGUUAGACUGCUGGAGGGACCGAAGGCCUGUGGUCGUUUUGAUCCUGGACUGAUGUUUUGGACAACCUGAGUUUUAAUGUUCGCGACGGAAAGCGGCGGAAAUCUCUGUCCUCUAUUUAAAACGGAACAUGUCUUUUUCAUGGCUGACUUGUUCACUUCUUCUGGGAACUUUAUGCGCAGGGUACAGUCUGGGCGAAGCAGAGACCCGGGAGUGUGUGUACUACAAUGAUAACUGGCGUACGGAGAGGACCAACCAGAGCGGCUUCGAGCGCUGCGAGGGGGAGAAAGACAAGCGACUGCACUGUUAUGCCUCCUGGCUCAACUCCUCAGGGACCAUCAAGCUGGUGAAGAAAGGCUGCUGGCUGGACGACUUCAACUGCUAUGACAGGCAAGAGUGUGUCUCCAUGGAGGAAAACCCUCAGGUCUUCUUCUGCUGCUGCGAGGGCAACUACUGCAAUGAACGAUUCACCCACCUUCCUGACAUGAUUGGCAGUGGCAACCGAGUGAAAAUUCGGCCUCCACCCCGAGUGCCGUCUCUGCUCAACGUGCUGGUGUACUCGCUGCUGCCUCUCUGUGUGCUGUCCCUGGCCCUUGUCCUGGCCUUGUGGAUGUACCGUCACCGCAAGCCUCCCUAUGGCCAUGUAGACCUUAGCGAGGAUCCAGGACCUACUCCUCCAUCCCCCUUGGUGGGUCUGAAACCUCUGCAGCUGCUGGAAAUCAAAGCCAGGGGGCGCUUUGGUUGUGUUUGGAAGGCCCAACUGAUGAGCGAGUAUGUUGCUGUAAAGAUCUUCCCUGUUCAGGAUAAGCAGUCAUGGCAAAAUGAGCGGGACAUUUUCAUAACUCCGGGGAUGCGACACGAAAACAUCUUGCGUUACAUCGCUGCAGAAAAGCACGGAAGCAACCUGGAGACGGAGCUGUGGCUCAUCACAGAGUUUCAUGAGAGGGGUUCACUGACAGACCACCUGAAGGGUAACACUGUGACCUGGAGUGAGCUGUGUCACAUAGCAGAGACCAUGUCCCGCGGCUUGGCCUACCUCCAUGAGGACAUUCCCAGCUACAAGGGAGAGGGGCCAAAACCCACUAUUGCACACAGGGACUUCAAGAGUAAGAAUGUGAUGCUUCGAGAUGAUUUAACUGCAGUUAUUGGAGACUUUGGGCUCGCUGUACGAUUUGAACCAGGAAAACCUCCCGGAGACACUCAUGGCCAGGUGGGUACGAGGCGUUACAUGGCUCCAGAGGUGCUGGAGGGAGCCAUCAACUUCCAGCGAGACUCCUUCUUGAGGAUAGACAUGUAUGCCAUGGGCUUGGUGCUGUGGGAGCUGGUGUCCCGCUGCUCAGAGACCGACGGUACAGUUGGCGAGUACAUGCUGCCGUUCGAGGAUGAAAUAGGCCAGCAUCCCUCCCUGGAGGAUCUGCAGGAUGUGGUCGUGCACAAGAAGAUGCGUCCAGCCAUCAAAGAGUGCUGGCUCAAACAUCCUGGUUUGAGCCAGAUGAGCGAGACCAUCGAGGAAUGCUGGGACCACGACGCCGAGGCACGAUUGUCGGCCGGCUGCGUGGAGGAGCGCAUCGGCCAAAUCGCCAGGUUGAUCAGCAGCACUACCUCAGACAGCCCCGUCUCCAUUGUGACGUCUCUCACCAACGAGGACCUACCUCCCAAAGACUCCAGCACCUGAAUGGGUGACACCAUCCUUUCGCCUGAGCUCCUGACUUUUUAUUUUUCAAACCCAAACUCAGCGGAUCUCCGUGAAUAUUUAAAAACAUAAGAAAACAACUAGCAACUUGAAUGCAGCUGCUAUUUUAUCCCAAUACUGGUAUUUUUUUUUUUCCCUCUUUCAAUGUUUUCAGUGUUUAAAAUCAGAUCUUACUAACACAUCCAUCUGCUGUAGUUUUGAAGUAGUAAUAAGCUAUGCGAUGGGCACAUCUGAUAACACCCAUGUGUCAAAUCUUAAAUGUUGUCAUUACCUCAUGUAUUUCGUUUGCAUUAGUCUGAUUUUUUUAUUACCUCAUGAGUUUUCGUUUUCCUGUCUUGGUCAUGAUCGUCUGCGGCCAAAUGAAAUGAAUCUUUGCUCCAAACCUCGGACGACGUGCUGCACACCUCGGAAGAACCGUUUUGAGACUGUUAGAAAAAUAUAUUCAUCUUCCUCAGGGGUCGAAGCUUCUCAAUUGUUUUUCUUUUUUUCUCGAGUGUCCUUCCUUAUUUUAAACUCAUGAAUGCCUCAGAAUGGAAAAAAAAAGAAAGAUCAAAAACAUUGGAGCACAGCUGUUUUAUCGUAAGGGAGGGAGCGAAAACGGAAGCUGAACAGUUGUAUUGGACAUGUUGAACUUUUUGAAGAUUUGGGACAAGCGUCUUGUCCCCCGGGGAACUACCUCUCAGGUAUCCAGUAGGCUUCUUUGAAAUAUUUUCUCUAAUUUGAGAGCCAAGCUAUCCAGCUAGCUAUCAUGGACAUAUUCCUGGAUUCUUUUUGUUUUGUUUUUUAAUUGUAAAAAUUCAGAGUUACUCCUUUGCCAGUGCCAGGGGCAUUGACGGAUGCUGUCUGGAGUUGCAAUGUUACACAUUCUUGAUUUUAAC